AUGGGACGGCCUAUGCUAAGCCUGAUAGCGGCUGCUGGCCAUGUCGGCAAAUACUUUACCCACAGCCUUCUCGGAACAGGCAAGCACACCGUAACGGCACUCACCCGCCCUGGAAGCAAGAAUGUCCUGCCCGAAGGCGUCAAAGCAAUUGCUGUAGACUACACCGAUGAGUCGUCCCUUGUCGAGGCCUUGAAGGGACAGCAGGUUCUGAUCAUCACUCUCAAUGUGCGAGCACCUUCCGAUACUGCAAGCAAGUUACAUCGAGCCGCAGCAGAGGCCGGCGUACCGUGGGUCAUCCCCAAUAUUUACGGUCAAGACCCUGCAGAUGAGACCUUUGCCCAAGAAAGCCUCUACGGCAUUCAAGGGAAGGGCUACAUGAAAGAGAUUGAAUCCCUUGGGGUAAGCUCAUAUGUAGUGCUUAGUGGUGGUUAUUGGUACGAAUUCAGCCUCGGGGGCUCUGUGAACCACUUUGGCUUCGAUUUGCGGGAGAAGAAGGUGCAUCUACUCGAUAAUGGCGAGGCAAAGCUUACCACAAGCACUUGGGAUCAGUACGGCCGGGCAUGCGCUGCGUUGUUGAGCUUGAAAGAGCUACCUGAAGAUGCAGACGACAUUUCGCCAACUCUAAGCCAAUGGCGCAACGGCACGGUAUACAUUGGGAGCUUCACUAUCAGCCAGAGAGAGAUGUUCGAGAGCGUGAAGCGUGUAACGGGCACAACAGAUGCUGACUGGACAAUCACAAGCGAGAAUUCACACACACGUUGGCAGAAAGCCAUGGAGGACCUCAAGGGUGGUGACCGUUCCGCCUACGUAAGGAUUAUGUAUACGCGAUCGUUCUUUCCGGAUGGUGCAGGUAACAGCGAGGCCAAGUAUGGGCUGGCGAACGAGGCACUGGGGUUGCCGAAGGAGGAUUUGGACGAUCGGACCAAGGAGGCUGUUCGGCUGGCACUCUCGGGAGAGUUGAACACCUAUGGGUAA